UUCACGCAAACGCCAGCAUCUCCUCCCAGCCGGCAGCACCUAACCCGCCACGAGCGCACCGCCGCACGUUCCGGAUUCCCCACCGCCGCCGCGAUCCCGACCGGAGCCCUAAUUCCAAGGGGUAAACGAUGAGGCCGCACGGGGCGGGGACGGGCGGCGGUGGCGUGGGGAGGCGGAAGGUUGGGGCCGCCGCUGCUGCGGCGAGCCGGGAGUGGAUGGUGGUGCCGGCGUCGGGCCCGGCGCGGGUGGAGGAAGCCGGGAAGCACGCGGUGAUGGCGCGUACGGGGCUCCCCGCGCGCGAUCUCAGGGUGCUCGACCCGUUGCUCUCGUACCCGUCCACGAUCCUGGGCCGCGAGCGCGCCAUCGUCGUCAACCUGGAGCGCGUCAAAGCCCUGAUCACAGCCACGGAGGUGCUGCUUCCAAACACCAAGGAUCCUGCCUUCGCGCGCUUCGUCCGCGAUCUCCAGACCCGCGUCCUCGCAUCUUCGUCGGACCAGGCAGCUGAGCUCACUGACAUGGAAGGUGAAUCAUCUAUGGUUGCUUCACCAUUUCCUGUACCAAGUUCAUCCAAAGGACAUGAAGUGGAAAUGACUAAGAAGACUACUGCUAUUGUGCCUGAAAUGACUAGCAGCAGCAGUAUGCCCAAUUUAGCUGUUGCAAAAGAUGGAAAUACCAAGGUUUUGCCUUUCGAAUUUCGAGCUCUUGAAGUGUGCCUUGAGUCAGCCUGCAGAUCUUUGGAAGAGGAAACUUCUACUCUGGAGCAAGAGGCAUAUCCAGCGUUAGAUGAGCUGACAUCAAAGAUCAGCACAUUAAACCUUGAACGAGUUAGGCAAAUCAAGAGUCGUCUGGUUGCGAUAUCUGGUCGGGUACAGAAGGUGAGGGAUGAGCUUGAGCAUUUACUGGAUGAUGAAAUGGAUAUGGCUGAAAUGUACUUGACAGAGAAGCUUACUCAACAAGAAAUCAGUGAGGCUUCAUCUAGAGCUGAGGUUGAGGAUCCAUCUCAUACAGAAGAGGAUAGGGAUGAAGAUUAUAGAAGUGAACCAGAUGGAAGCAAUGGUAGCUUUAUUGGUUAUAAGCCUAAUAUUGAAGAACUAGAGAUGCUUCUAGAGGCUUACUUUGUGCAAAUUGAUGGCACACUUAACAAGCUAUCACAUCUGAGGGAGUACGUUGAUGACACAGAAGAUUAUAUCAAUAUAAUGUUGGAUGACAAGCAGAAUCAGCUGCUGCAGAUGGGAGUCAUGCUCUCGACUGCUACUGUUGUCAUUACUGCUGGAGUGGCUGUAGUUGGUCUUUUUGGUAUGAAUAUUGGCAUAUCACUUUACACAGACCCAACAACUGAGGAGGAAACUCGAGCAGCAAACAGAAAAUUUUGGGAAACUACUUUCGGGACUGUUGCUGGCUGCGUGAUUUUGUACAUCAUAGCCAUGGGUUGGGGAAAGAGAAGUGGAUUACUGCAAUGAGGUGGAAGCAUGAGUGUUCUGCACCCAAUGAAUACUGGGUUGACAAAAUUCUCCAAAAUGAGAGAUUGCAUUGGCAUGCAGCUUUAUCAUACUGCUGCCGGGGAAAUACGUCUCAUUCCACUAUGCCGGGAAAGAAACAUCUUGUGUACCGCUAGUAGCUGGUAAUGUGUGUGAAAUAAAACUGUUGUACAAUUUGUUGUCCCCUCACCUCUCAUGGCAACUCAGUAAUUUUGUACCUGUUUACCACGCGAGGUGCGGUUUUGCUCUUGCUAUUGUAAUCAUUUCUGUAACUGUUGUAACUGUAUCUAGCGGCCUGUAACAUGUAAAUAAUGUAUACUAUCUUAAAGCUGCAAGUGAAUGGAGAGUGUCUUGUCUGCCUAUUCUGCCA